UGCAGCAGACACACCGCUAGCCUUUUAGCAACAGUCUCAUUCAUAUACUGUAACAACUUUAAACAUGCAGGAAUGGGCCAAUCAGCUUUACGAGAACCGACAGUUUGGAUCCAAGAUGACAGACUCCAAGUACUUCACCACUACCAAGAAAGGGGAGAUCUUUGAGCUCAAAGCAGAGCUCAACAGUGAUAAGAAAGAAAAGAAGAAGGAGGCUGUUAAGAAGGUCAUUGCAUCAAUGACAGUGGGCAAGGAUGUCAGUGCGCUGUUCCCAGAUGUUGUGAACUGCAUGCAAACAGACAACCUGGAACUGAAAAAGUUGGUCUACCUUUACCUGAUGAACUAUGCCAAGAGUCAGCCAGACAUGGCUAUCAUGGCUGUUAACACCUUCGUGAAGGACUGUGAAGACCCCAACCCUCUUAUUCGGGCCCUUGCUGUUCGUACAAUGGGCUGUAUUCGUGUGGACAAGAUCACUGAGUACCUCUGUGAGCCUCUGAGAAAAUGUCUGAAGGAUGAAGACCCCUAUGUGAGAAAGACAGCUGCUGUGUGUGUGGCAAAGCUCCAUGAUAUCAAUGCCCAGUUGGUGGAGGACCAAGGCUUCCUGGACACUCUUAAAGAUCUCAUCUCUGACUCCAACCCCAUGGUUGUUGCAAAUGCAGUCGCAGCGCUGUCUGAGAUCGCAGAGUCCCAUCCCAACAGUAAUCUACUGGACCUGAAUCCUCAGACCAUAAACAAGUUGCUGACAGCUCUUAAUGAAUGCACAGAGUGGGGACAGAUAUUUAUCCUUGACUGUCUUGCCAAUUACACACCUCGUGAUGACCGUGAGUCCCAAAGCAUCUGUGAGCGUGUCACUCCACGGCUCUCCCAUGCCAACUCUGCAGUGGUGUUAUCAGCAGUUAAAGUUUUAAUGAAAUUCAUGGAGAUGCUGCCCAAAGACUUGGACUACUAUGGCACUCUGCUGAAGAAGCUCGCUCCUCCACUGGUCACUCUCCUCUCUGCUGAGCCUGAGCUGCAGUAUGUGGCUCUUAGAAACAUCAACCUCAUCGUCCAGAGACGCCCAGAGAUCAUGAAACAUGAAAUGAAGGUUUUCUUUGUGAAGUACAAUGACCCAAUUUAUGUCAAACUGGAGAAACUGGACAUCAUGAUUCGUCUUGCAUCUCAAGCUAAUAUUGCCCAGGUGCUGGCUGAGUUAAAGGAGUACGCCACCGAGGUGGAUGUGGACUUUGUGCGUAAAGCUGUCAGGGCCAUUGGCCGUUGUGCCAUCAAAGUGGAGCAAUCAGCAGAGCGUUGUGUCAGCACUCUGCUAGAUCUUAUCCAGACCAAGGUCAAUUAUGUGGUGCAGGAAGCCAUUGUCGUCAUCAAGGACAUCUUCCGCAAAUACCCCAACAAGUAUGAGAGCGUGAUUGCCACUCUGUGUGAGAACCUUGACUCCUUGGAUGAGCCUGAGGCGCGUGCAGCCAUGAUUUGGAUUGUGGGAGAAUAUGCUGAGCGCAUCGACAAUGCUGAUGAGCUGCUGGAGAGCUUUUUGGAAGGUUUCCAUGAUGAAAGCACUCAGGUGCAGCUGCAGUUAUUGACUGCAAUUGUGAAGCUGUUCCUGAAAAAGCCUACAGAGACACAGGAGUUGGUGCAGCAGGUCCUAAGCCUGGCAACACAGGAUUCUGAUAACCCAGACCUCAGGGACCGUGGCUACAUCUACUGGCGUCUGCUUUCCACAGACCCUGUGGCUGCCAAGGAAGUGGUUCUGGCUGAGAAGCCCCUGAUCUCUGAGGAGACGGAUCUGAUUGAGCCGACUCUUCUGGAGGAGCUUAUCUGUCACAUUGGCACUCUGGCCUCUGUCUACCACAAGCCUCCCAGUGCUUUUGUUGAAGGAAGCCGAGGUGUUCAGCACAAGAGACUUCCUGGCAGUGCAGGAUCUGGGGAGAGUGUUGACAGCCCAGACACUGGUUCUGCUGCUGGAGUUUCCGAUGCCCCCCCUGCUGUCAUUCCAUCCCAGGGAGAUCUGCUUGGUGAUCUUCUCAAUUUGGAUCUGACGCCUCCCGCCACCACUGGACCUCCAGCACCAGCCCCUACUUCUGGCAUGCAGAUGGGUGCCAUGGAUCUUCUUGGAGGAGGACUGGACAGCCUGAUGGGGGAUGAGUCUGAGCCGCUUGGUGGAGACCUGGGAGGAAGUCCUGCUAUAGGUGCUGGUUUUGGUGCUGCUCCAGCUGCAGCAUCUGUCCCUUUCAGUGCCCCUGUUAGCGGUGGUCUGGAUGAUUUGUUUGAUCUUGGAGGUGGGGUUGGGAUGCCAAUGGGAGCCUACAGCUCACCAAAAACUGUUUGGCUGCCAGCCAUGAAGGCCAAGGGGCUUGAAAUAUCAGGCACCUUUGUCCGCCGUUCUGGGGUGAUCCAAAUGGAGAUGACUCUCACUAAUAAAGCAAUGAGUGUCAUGACGGAUUUUGCCGUCCAGUUUAACAGGAACAGCUUUGGUCUUGUUCCAGCUGGUCCCCUCCAGGUUUUGACCCCUCUUAGCCCAAACCAGAGUAUUGAAGUGGCCCUUCCUCUUAAUACUGUAGGACCUGUUAUGAAGAUGGAUCCUCUCAACAACCUGCAGGUGGCUAUUAAGAACAACAUUGAUGUGUUCUACUUCAGCAGCCAGUAUCCCAUGAGCAUGCUGUUCGUAGAGGACGGAAAGAUGGAGCGACAAGUUUUCCUUGCCACAUGGAAAGAUAUUCCGAAUGACAAUGAGUCCCAGUUUCAGAUCAAAGACUGUCAUCUCAGCUCAGAUGCAGCUUCCAGCAAACUGCAAGGUAGUAACAUCUUCACCAUAGCCAAGCGCACAGUGGAUGGCCAGGACAUGCUGUAUCAGUCCAUGAAACUCACCAAUGGUAUCUGGGUGUUGGCAGAGCUGAGGGUCCAGGCGGGAAAUCCAAAUUACACGGUCUCUUUGAAGUGCAGAGCUGCAGAGGUGGCCCAGUGUGUCUUCCAGAGCUACGAGGCAGUGCUGAAGAACUGAACCACCGCCUCUACAUCCAGCCAGCAGCUGCCCUCACAGAGCUUCUGACACCUCUUCCUGCUCUUUCGCACCUGAUCUGCUAAGCCUUUUACAACCUCACACAGCGCAGAAACGGCUCCCUGCAGUGUUUAACUACAGUCUCUAUCAUCCAGCCCUUUCGUUAGUAUGGUUAAGGGCCUGUUGUGACAUUUUGAAUCAUCUUCUUUCCCCCCUCAUUUACUGAGACUAGAUAGUUCCUGGUCUGUUCUCUUGGCCAGUCUCAUCCUGUCCCCUCCACUUAUGUUUGCUUCCACCACCUGCUUCAGUUUCAGGACCUUAUUUUAAAUUAAUAGAGCUGCUCCAUUCUUCUCUGCUUGAGCCCUCCAUUAAUGACCCUUAUUCAUUUGGGGACAGAUGGCGGUCUGACUUCUGUCCCUGUGACUUUCUCUGCAGGACGCGCUGUGAUUGUUUUCUAGAUGCACUUCUCUGCCAAUUUCCAUCUAUUUUUAGGAUCUGAUAUCUGCAGGUGAAUCAUCAUUUUCAUCCCCUUUAUUUUGGGCUUAAAUUGAGUUGAGAUGCGAUAAAGAGUCCUGAACUCUACUUAUCCACUGCCCGUGUGAGGGGGUUUUGGCUUUAGGUUCCCAAAAAUGAGACACAAAUAUACUUAAAAUACACUAUUGUCUUUGUCAUUUUACAGUUUUUCUUUAGUAUCUGUGGAGCCGUGGGAUCUGUGGAAACAGAAUGUCUAACGUGUGUGUGUGGGAAAUGUCUGUUUAAUUUUUACAUCAAUAUAUAUUGACGUUUUAUAAACUAGCAGCAGGUGUCACCUGACUGCUGUUUUGCAUAGUCAUUCCAAUGGUUUCAUUUCUUUUGGUGUUUGUGUUUCUGUAGUCUUGUUAGUGUACAUGUGGCAAACUGGAAGAGAGCCUCGGGAUGCGAGGGUUUUAUAUUCACUGCUUCUACUUACGUCAUCAACAGCCUCUUGGGCUCUCUGCCUCUUUGCUCUCUGCGUCCUCAGAGCAGCUCUCCUGAGCUCCAUGGCCACUGGAGAUGAAGGCCCAGGUGACAAACUGAUGUCACGAUUUGUUCCACUCUUAAGUAAAAAAGCGUAGACAUAGGUAGCAAACUGUCUUGGCUAAAGCGAGGCUAGACAGCAUCCAGUCCAUCUAACUGGAUUUGUUUUCAAGGCGUUGCGCUGAAGCUGUUUUUUAAAUCAUUUCUACAGUGUGAGUGCUCCUAUGCUAACUGCCUUUAUCAGAUUACAAUAGAGGCUGUGAAUUCAGUGUGUGUGUGUGUGUGUGGUGACAGCUGAUUCAUAUUAAAUGCUGUAUAAAAGAAAUCAAAUGUUUAAUCAGACCUUUUGAGUUAAUUUUGUUCAUUGUGUGUACAUCAUUUGAAAAGAACUAUUAAAUGUCUUGAUGAAUCCA